CAGGACAUGCAUAUGUUGGCUGAUCGCUAAUGACGAUACACUAAAUGUGUUUUUAAAAAAAAUAAAAGCGAUAAAUAGUUAAAAGUUUUUAAAAAUGGAUUUAGUAUACAGAGUACCAUUUUUGGUUCUUGAGGUACCAAAUUUAAAAUUAAAAAAACCAUCAUGGUUUGUUAAACCAAGUGCGAUGGUUGUUUUUUCCAUUAUUCUUUUAUCAUAUUUUAUGGUUACUGGAGGCAUUAUUUAUGAUGUAAUUGUGGAACCACCUAGUGUAGGAUCAACGACUGAUGAACAUGGGCAUACACGACCAGUUGCAUUUAUGCCGUAUCGCGUGAAUGGUCAAUAUAUUAUGGAAGGUUUAGCUUCUAGUUUUUUAUUUACUCUUGGAGGACUUGGUUUUAUAAUUCUAGAUCAAACACACUCACCUUCAACUCCAAAACUAAAUCGGAUUCUUCUGAUGAGCGUUGGUUUUAUUUGCAUUAUUGUAUCUUUUAUCACUUGCUGGAUUUUUAUGCGUAUGAAACUUCCCGGAUACUUCUAGUGGUAAAUGUGAAGACAAUUAAUUGUCUUCAAGAAUUCCGUGAACGAUUAUCAACGACAUUGGUGAGAUUUUACAUAUAUUCAUCGAUAUUGAUGACUAAAGAAAAAAGAUUAAUUAAUUAACUAUAAAUUUAAAUUAUUUUUCAUCAUAAUUUAACAUUUUAUGAAUAAAAUUUUUUUCAAAUUCUUCCCAUAUA